AUGAAGGGGGUGGGCCUUCGACAGCCCGCCAACCUGGGCUCGGACCUCAAGGGUGUAGCUCAGGGCAGCCAGGCCAGCACUGUGGCGGCGGUUUCCAGCAGGCAGCCGGCCUCUGCGGACAGGGCUUUGGCGGCCAAGCAGGUGGACAACCGCCUGGACUUGGAGGUGGAAACUUCCAUGGAGGCGGAUGCGCGCCGUGUGGUCAGAGCGGCGAUGGUUUGGGCGGCAACGCCUAUGGUUGGCAAGGUGGUAAUGCACCUCAUGGACCAGGUGGAAAUGGACCUGGAUGGCAAGGCGGCAACGUUCCUCACGGGCCAGGUGGCAACGUGCCUCAAGGACCGGGUGGUAACGUACCUCAAGGACCAGGUGGAAAUGUACCCGGAUGGCAAGGCGGUAACGUACCCCAAGGACCAGGAGGCAAUGUGCACCCAGCUGGCGCUGGUGUUCAUCCAUUACAAGGCGCAUGCAGGCACAGUGGGCAGUGCUUUUGAGAUGAUGGGCAAGUCGGUUCCAUCGGCGGCUAAAGGCUCUUCAGGCCCGGAGACCAACGAGACCUUGCUCCUCAAGGCAAUUACCACAGCUUUGAGCGGCGAGAAGAAGAGCAUGCCGACCUGGGGUGGAAGCCUUGGCCACUUCCGCAACUGGAUGAAGAUGUUGGCAGUCUGGGAGACGGACAAUUCGGUGCCACGGAACAAGUGGGGCCUUCGCUUGAUGCAGUCGCUGACGGAGGGAUCAGCCCCGAGGAAGAUAGCCGAGGCGGUCCCUUUCGAUGUGGUCAUCAGCGAGAUGGGCUACUCUGCUAUCUUGACGAGUUUGAUGGAGCGCUACCAGCCCUACUUGGAGCCCAUGGGACCGGCAGAACGGUCCCGCAAUGAAUCGUUCGCGGUCUACGUAGCCAGCAAGGCCACGCUCCUCCAGGAGAUGCAGGCGAGUCUGGGGAUCGUGGUCCCGGACGUGCUCGCGGGAAGGGUGUUGUUGAAGCACGCCAACCUGACCGACCAGCAGCGGGAGAACUUUGUGAUGAAGAACAAGGUGCUGAUGGGUUUCACGGAGGUGGCCAACGCGCUGAGGCCAUUGGAUCGACCGGAAGCGCUUGUGAAAAGUGUGAGUGUCAUGGCAACUUCCCACAACGAGCCCAAUUACGAGACUGACCAGAGCUACCAGCACGACCCAAACUACCAGCACCACUACCAGUACUACGCUCAGGAUGAGGAGAUGCUGGAUGAGGAAGUUCCUGAAGCUGCUGAUGGAGACGAUGAGCCGACCUCUGAAGAGGACUCCCACUUGUACUUCAACAUGGAGCAGAAGGAGCUCACGGAGUCGGAGGCGAUUUACCUGCAGGCCUACAACUCUGCGUAUAAGGAGGUGCGGAAGGACCUGCAGCGCAACCGCAUGGGCCGGAGCUACUACAAGGACAAGGGCAACGGCAAGUUCGCCAAGCAGUCCGGCAAGGGCAAGUUCGGCCAGAAGUCGGGCAAAGGCAAAAGCUCACUGCGAGCCGAGUGGAAGAAGAGGGGAUACAAGGGUACGCCCGAGGAUUUGGUGGCCAGGACCCGAUGCUUCAACUGCGAGGAGUUGGGCCAUUUCGCGAAGGACUGCCCGAAGCGCGGAUCAGAGGCUCAGGCCUCGAAGCCUCGCAACAACUUCUUCAUGUGCUUCGGCAGCCAAGGCCCCAACCGGGUGUAUGCUACGACCUCGACUUCCUCUACGGCAAGUUCAAGUGUGUUCCUGGGCGUGACCCACGAGCGCGGUGAGGCAGUGGUGGACACAGCGGCGGAGGACGGUGUCAUCGGAUUGCAAAGCUUUGAGAACUUGAAGGAGAUCUUGGCGGAGAAGGGCCUCCAGCCGAUCGAGGUCGGCGAGAGCCAUUUUUCGUGCAACGGCAUUGGAGGCGAAGCCAAGAUCAUGGGCACAUGGGACAUCCCCUUGGGCAUCGCCAAGAUUAGCGGCGUUUUGAGAACUACGGUCCUGGAGGCCGACAUCCCGUUCCUGCUCCCCGUGUCAUUCCUGGAGGUUACUCAGGCGGUCGUGGAUGUGGGAGCGGAGGAGCUUCGUUUUGGAUGUGGCGCAAUCACCAAGAUGCGCCGACUGCCAUCGGGACAUCGUGUGGUCUCGGUGGUGGAGUUUGGCAAGCAUUGGUCCCCGCCACCUGUGCUGCGUGGACCGGAUGGAGUCGACCCGUUCGUGAUCAAAAAGCCCGACUCCACCUUGAAGCUACGAAAGGGGAAGAACCACCAAGUUUCAUGGGCCCAGGAAUCCACUCAAUACUUCACCAUCGGGGAGAAUGAAGAGGUGUCCGAGGGUGAAAACUCAGAUUUGCAUGAGUGCUAUGAGUUGGAGUGGCACGAAAUUGCUCUUCGCCUCAUGGAGAAGGAGGAGACCGAAGAGGAGAUGGUGGUCGAGUACCUCACCAGGAGGGCAGUCACGAACGACCCGGAGGCCAACGACAAGAUCAGAACCAGAACCUCCGCGAAGGCGAAGCCCAAGCCGAUCAUGAGGUGGAAGCGUGUCGAGUGGGAAGGGGACCACGAGGCCAACCUGGCCCAGACGGGAGCUACCUCAUCCAGGGUUCCCAAGAGCAGUGUGGCGUACCCCAAGCAGCUGCCGCCACCGAAGUCAAGGCCGGAGUUGAAGAACCUCAUCGUGAAGGCCACGGAAGUGAUCGAGGAGGAUGCGGAUCUGAAGGGCGACCUCAAGUCGAUCAAGGACAUCAAGAACCGCGUGGAGGCAGCCGCGUCCCAGGGCACGAUCAAGGACAUCAAGACCGAGCAGCCGCGUGCGAGAAAGGAGAGGCCCCUGGCAGGGCUAAGGCAAGAACGGCGUCCCAGCAGGCCUCGAAGCCAGAAGCCGGAGGCGGAGUACUACGAGAUCGCCAAGUCGGACAAGGACCUGGACUACGACAUGGUCGCGAAGGAAGUCCCGGUCCCGGUGGACGAAUCGGACUAUUGGACAGCCAAGGGCGAGGACGUUCUGCUUCGGACGCACGUGAACGCCAGAGAGGAGCUCUUUGUUCCGCAGAAAGUUGCUGGACUGCCGGUCAGCCCUGACGAGCUUGACUCAUGGCGCAAGACGGAGAUCUACUAUCAGAACGGCACCAUGGAGACGCACAUUGACCAAUGGCGAGACAAACCUCACGUGCUACCACCACUCACGGAGAUGUGGACAGGCGCAACAACCUUCCGCCUGAAGAACAAGAAGCCAGAGCUUGGGAACCUGGUGGGCAACUACGUCGAGUUUGAGGUUGGUGCCAGCCUCAUGGAAUUGGACCAGUCCUUUGAGACCGCGAUCAAGAACUAUGACCGCACCAUCUCUGAGGUCUAUUCGCCACCAAGGGUGACCUUGGCAGCUCGUGGAGCGGGCAAGGCCUACGAUCUCAGAAAUGGUUGGAAUUUUUCCAAGCGGACGCAUCGCCAGGGUGUUCUACGAGAAAUCCGGGAGCUAAGGCCGGCACUCCUCAUUCUGUCCUCACCGUGCACCAAAUUUUCCUUGCUGCAGAACCUCUCGAAGGCCAAGCGGGACGAGGCAAAGUUCCAGGAAGACCUGAAGGAGGCGAAGCAGCACAAGUCCUUUUGCAUGGAGUUGGCGCGCCUACAGAUGGCAAACGGGCGAGGUUUCCUGUAUGAACAACCUGCAGGAGCUACGUCUUGGCAAGAAGACGAUGUGUUGGAGCUGGCCAACCACCCGGACGUGGAGGUCAUCCGAUGUGAUUUGUGCCAGUUCAGUUUGAAAGCUGAGCCCCAGGAUCCCAACUCCCUGCUGGCCAAGAAGCCGACUAAGCUCAUGACGAACGAGACCAUCGACACGGUUGGCUCAUUGGAGGAAGACCAGCCUAAGUACACGGACGAGUUCGUCAGAGCAAUUCUGGACGGUCUGUCCAGAGCGUUGGGACAGCAGUGCUACAAGAAGCCCAGCAUCUACGGCAGCUUCGUGAACCGCUUGCCCUAUGACUUGGAGGCGGAUGUGGAGAAGGUGUCGAAGGUGCUGACGGAGAAGGACAGGGACUAUCUGGACCUGACUGCCGAGAUCGAGGAAGAGGACCAGAAGUACAUGUUCGGCAUGCAAAAGGGCCGAAAGAGGCUUCUGGAGUCAAUCCAGGAGGAAGAAAUGGAGCAGCAGCAGAACGAAAGCGAUCUGCCGCAUGAUCCGGCGGCAAGGGGCUCCGAGGAAUUGGCACUGCUCCCGGAGUCUGCUGACGACGAGCAGGAUGCCUUUCAACGUGCCCAGAUGCAGCUGCAACCUCAUGGACUACCAGACCAGAUCCGAAAGAAGGCCGCAGCCUCGAGCGAUCAUCGCUGGGAAGCUGAAGGCAAAUGGUCCCUUCCACCACAGCAACGUCGAGAUGUGAUGCGGCUCCACAGGAACUUGGGUCAUCCUGAUCAAGCCAGGUUCCUGAGGGCACUCAAGAACGCGAACGCCCGAGAAGGAGUCAUAGAAUGGGUCAGGCAUCAUUUCCGGCGCGACCUGUGUGAGCAACUUCAACGACCAUCACGAGUUCGGCCUGGACACCUGGUGAAGGAGAUGCACUUCAAUCAAGUGGUCGGAAUUGACCUGGUGUUCAUCCAGUUCGGUGGCGAGCUCGUGGUGUGCCUCAACUGCCUGGACUGGGCGACCGACUACCAGCAGGUAACGAUAUGCGCAAACAAGACUUCAUGGGUGGUCUUGGAGAAGUUCAUGGAAUGUUGGGCGAAGAUCUUCGGCUACCCGGAGGUGGUCAUUUCGGACCAAGGAGGUGAAUUCCUGGCGGACCAUUUUGGAACCCGCCUGGGCAUGGGUGGAACAUUGAUCCACCAUACGGACUCUUACAGUCCAUGGCAGAAUGGCCGGACAGAGAGAGCGGGCCAGACCUUCAAAAGAAAACUGGAGUUGGUCAUCAAAGAGAUGAGCAUCACCACCUGGGAGGAGUUCAAGUUGGCGCUUGUGGAAACGGUGAAUGCCCGGAACCAAUAUGACAAGCUGGACCCCAUCAUGAUGCAGGCGGCAGCGGACUCGGAGAUGAGAAGAACCUGGGACAUCCGAGAUCAGGCAGCUCAGGCGUGGAUGAAACGGCAAGACGAUGAGGCGGUGAAGAGGGCUAUGCGCACCACGUCCCGGUCUUCGAAGGACGUCAAGAACAAGUCCCUGGAGGUUGGGAGCUGGGUCUACGUGUGGAGGCACACCCCCUACUUCAAAGGUUGGGCAGGCGCAGGGGUGCUCAUCGCCAUCUCCCCUGCGGGAACGUCAGCCUGGGUGUCUUUGAGAUCAAGGCUGCUGAAGGUGAGCAUGGAGCAACUGCGAGGUGCGACUGAGGAGGAGGAUCUCGGAGCGGCUUUGGUGAAGCUCGCGUACCACGAUGCCACGGAGGAAGGCCUGCCGGAGACCGGAGAGGUUGACAUCGAGCUUCAGCCUGUCUCAGAGACCGAAGUGGCCAGCCACAGUCGCCAGGAGUCUGUGCCGUCCACGGGAGCCAUCGUCAUCGACGAAGGACGGCGUGAACCACUGCAACUUCCGCAACGAGCGACUUCGAGCGGCUCGAACCGAUCGGAGCCCUACCAUAACCACAACCUGGCGGGAUGGAAUCACACCCCGUGCAGCUACUUCCUGGAGUGCGAGAACACCAUGGGAGACAAGCCAGCUCAGUGGAGGUUCAACCGCCGAGCCAAGAAGUACCACCUGAUGCAGGCCGCCGGCACGAACCAAGCCUUCUCCAAGCAGGAUGCGAUCGGCAUCUACAACCAACACGACCAGUGCAUCUACGUAACGAAGGCCAAGACAAGUGCCGGGCAGGUGAUCUACUCCAAGCUGCCGGAGGAGGAAAAGAAGCUUUUCAGGGAAGCCCGAAGCAAAGAAAUGCAGUCGCUCUUGGACAACAAGGCCGUGAAGGUGCUGAGUGUCCAGGAGUCUCGGGAGUUCAGGAAGAUGCACCCGGAGCAUGUCAUCGAGUCGAGGUUCGUCGACCGCUACAAGCCGAGAGAGGACGACGUGGGCUAUCUGGAGGAGCUGAAGAAGCGAGCUCUACGGUCCUGGCCGGCAACGGUACGGGACGUCAAGACAGCCUGUCUACAAGGACGUCCCACGACGAGGGCUCAGAAGUUAGCUUGCUCCUUGCCCCGGGAUGAGACUCCUACGGGGUUCCACGAAGAGCAGCUGCUGCUACUUCUGACAGAGGUCUACGGCCUCGUGAGUGGCCCCUCGUGGUGGAGGGUGAGCCUUUUGCGGGACUUGAUCUCCCUGGGCUACAAGCUGAACCCGUACGAUAAGUGCAUCCUGACGCUGCCAGCCACGGAGCUCAAGAAGGACGAGACCAAGGACUUGCUCACGGAGGGCAUCGUUGUCAUAGAGGUGGAUGACCUGCUCGAGGGCGGCAACGCAAGGCAUCAAAGGCUUAUGGACAGCCUUUCCAAGAAGAUCCUUUUCGGCAAGGCAGUGAGGCUGCUGGGAACGAUGUACGCGGGCCGCAGCUUGCGGCAGUUGCCGAACUUUGGGUUCACGAUCCACAUGGAGCAGUACAUAUAUAAACGACUCACUCCGGUCGCACUGAAGCGCCGAGUGCUGGUGAAGAACGCUCCGGACACCAAGCUGGACCCUGAGGAACAGUCUCAGCUGCGAGGCGUCCUAGCUUCGUUAAACUGGCUAGCACGCGAAGGAAGGCCGGACGUCGCGGCCGCCGCUUCGAUCCUCUCCGGCGCCUUCCCUGACCCGGUGAUGAGCGAUCUGCACGAGGCGAACGAGGUGGUUCGCCAUCUGAAGACCACGCCGGUGGAGAUCCGCAUCCACGCGAUCAAGGGGGAGGAUCUUCGGUUGCUUCUGGUGACGGAUGCCGCGUUUGACACGAGCGGCAAAGAGAAGUCCCAGCACGGCUGGAUCCUGGCCGUGACCAACCCGAGCAUGAACCAGGGCACUGAUGCAGUGGAGGUCAAGGCGUUUGAGACGGAAAGCAGCAUCAACCACGCUGUGUGA